UCUGACUUCGAAAGUGGUUGCGUACACACGUCGUCGCUUAGGCGAAAAUUUCUAGGCGAGUACUGGACAACCAGCAGCGCCUAAGUUAGUUCGUUUGAGAUCUCCAAAACUUAGUUUAACAUAUAAUAAUCAUGCAGUCUAUGAUUAUCCUCGCAGCCACUCUAUGCCUUGCUCAGGCUUCAUACUACGCCGGCCCACCCGCUCACAUCCAACUUAGUCCGGAUGGAAAAUACGUAUUGGACACACCCGAAGUAGCACAUGCAAAAGCUGCCCAUUACGCGGCCCAUGCGCAGGCCUCAACCGCUCACGGCGCGUGGGCGCCCGCCGCUGGUUACCUCGGAGCACCCGCCGCGUACGCCGCUGGUCACUACGGCGCGCCCGCCGCUGGUCUUCUCAAGUACGGUCCUGCGCCUCUUGCGCACGACGGCCGCGUGGUGGACACUCCCGAGGUAGCGCACCUGAAGGCUGCGCACGCGCAGGCCCACGCUGCGGCGCAUGUUAACGCUGCCCACGGGCUGGCGCCGCUCGGUCAUGGUGCCCUCGCGCCCCUUGGUGCCUAUGCUGCUGCACCUCUUGCCCACGGAGCCGGAUACGCCGCGGGUUACGGCAAAUGGACUGGCCCUCCAGCCCACAUCCAGUUGACCCACGACGGCCAAUACGUAGUGGACACGCCUGAGGUGCAGCACGCGCGUGCCGCCCACCUCGCACAAUACGCGGCCGCAGCGCACGCCGCUGCCGCCUCCCCUGAGGAGCCUUGGGGAGGAGCUGGAGCCCACGGCUGGCAUUAACUCACUACCUCUGACCUAAACUACGACACUGCCUAUUUGCCUUUUUAUACAAAAUGUAUAUAAAAACAAAAAAAAAUGUUGUACUGUAUAAAGUUGAACGUGUACGUGUAAUGCAAACUGCAUAUACUGUAGAGCGAACUUGAAAAUGUAAUAUUAAAAAAAAUCUAAUAAUGUUA